GACCUGGACUGAGCACCCCUUGGCUGCUGGAGCCCCAGCCUGCCCACAGACGGGCACCCAGCUGCCCGCAGGCUCUGUGUGUGGAGGGACACAUGGGGCUAAGUUCCUGUGCUCUGACAAGGGGCACCAGGACUGAGGUUGGGGAGGGGUGACCCUGCUCCUGCUGGCCCCACUUUGAACUCCUGGGUCCUGUAAAUCCACCCCAUGCCAUCUGCUUCUGGAGUGAACACCCUGCUGUGGGGCUGGCAAGGAUGCUGGCACCUGGUGCCUGUGUGCAUGUGCCUGCUGUGCCAGACUUGACCUGUAAAACCAGACCAGGGCUGGGGUCCUGCCCCCAUCCAAGGCCGUGGGUUUUGCCUUCACUAGCCCCAGAGAAAACCUGUGUGGCAGGAAGGGUCCUGGCUGGUCCCUGUUCCCUCUCUGUGGAGCAGUGGGUCCAUUCCCCUCUCUGGUGUCCCUGGGGCCUGGGUGCCAAGGGGCUGGGAGGCUCUAGGUUGCAGUGAGCUCAUGGUGGGGGGCACUGCCUGGGCAGCAGAUGUGGCUUCUGGCACCAGAGAAAUGUAGAAGCUCAUCCCCCAGGAUGAGGUUUCUGUUCUGCAGGGUGAGGGGUCCCAGUGCAAGCAAUGGGCAAGGCUUGGUCUGGGGUCAGACAUGGGCUGUGGAGAGUUAUAAAGAGCGUGAGACCCAUCCUGGUGCCCUGCUGCUCCCUCCUGGUGUGGGGUCAGGACAGGACAGGGCCACCAAAAGCAGUAGGAAUGAGUGGCAUCAUCCCUCCCUGGCAUCAGCUGAGCACAGGAUGACAGCAAGUACAGGAUGACAGCUCUCUCCAUAUCAGGGAGCUGUGCGGCUGUGGGCACCCCUUUGUUGGGAGGUAAUUAGCUUAAUUAGCCUAAUGGGGCCAUGCAGAGCAGACCCAGCACUGUCCGGAGCAGGCUGCCCAGCACUGACCUUCAGCCCCUUUGUGCCAGCCCAGCCGUGGGGCCCACGGGCAAUUACAGCCUCAUUAGUGCCACGCGGCCUGGCUACCAUGCCUGGCGUUGAGCAGCCGCACAAAGAGGAGACGCAAAUGAGGGGAAAGGCCUGGGCUGGUCUCCGAGCUACGGGCACCGCGGGCUGCGUCACCCAGACACCGGCUGCUGCCGCCUGCCCCCCGCGGUAUUUUUGGCAGCACCAUUGUGCCAGGCCCUAUAAAGAGGUGGCUGCAGUGGAUGGCACAGGGCGCUGUGCUCUUGACUGCCCGGCAGGAUAUGCCCCAGCACCACUCGACAACCUGAAGACCCCAGGAAGGAAGGAUGGAAGUGCCCAGCGUCAAGCUCCAGCGAGCUGCCUGCCUCCUGCUCCUGCUCCUGUUCUGCUCCCUGGCUGCUGCCCGCCAGAGUCUGCCCGAGUGUUGCCGGCAGAAGACCUGCUCCUGCCGCGUCUACGACCUCCUGCAUGGCAUGGGCAACCAUGCAGCUGGUAUCCUCACACUGGGCAAGAGGAAAAGCAUCCCACCAGCCUUCCAGAGCCGCCUCUAUCGCCUGCUGCACGGCUCUGGCAACCACGCUGCAGGAAUCCUCACCAUGGGCAAGCGUGGGAAGUACCCUGGCACUGCCUGUCACGAUGCAUCAGGCUGCCCUGUGAACAUGGAUGCCCAGCCAACGCCAGCACUGCAAGGAGCUGAUGCCAGCCCUGCCAGCCCCAGGGAGUGCCAGGGACACUCCGGGAAGGACCUGCCCAAGAGCCCAGCCCAAGGAGACGCCAAGAGCUUUUACUGAGUGGGGUGAGGCCAUGAGAGCAAGGAGGGGGUGCCAGGGGGGUCAGAUCCCAGGGCCGGUGUAAAUAGCACUUUUCUGUACCUCCUCCUGGCAGAGCCCGAGCAGGGCACUGCAGGCACUGCUGGCCUUUUACAAUAAAUGGUAGCCCGAUA